GGUGGGUGCACCAAUAUGUAAUGCAUUGAAGGAGAUACAUUUGUGGAUUUUAAUUUCCAGAUUAAUUUUUCUGAAUAUUCAGUCAAAUAAAGGAGAGAAUCACCACUAAAUUGAUACCUUCAAAUUACAGUAUGGCAUUUAAACAGUCUAAAUAUAUCUAUAUAUAUAGUCUAUAUAUAUACCAUGCCACGGGGUAGCUCAGGCCCCGUCCCCACGUAUCCGUUUUCGUUUCAAAACGCAACCUUUUUGUUCCGUUUUCAAAACAAUCCGAGUCCACACGAAGCGUUCUCAUUUUGAUACGGCCCGUCCCAACGAAAACGCAGAAACGAUACGAUAACGAUAACAAGUUCUACAGCGCCUGCGUACUCGCGCGCCAAGUGGACUGGACCUGAGUUAUCACGCCAUCGUUUUCGAAAGGUUCCGUUUUCGUCCGUCCCCACGGCACCAAAAGGGUAUCGUUUUCAAACUGUUACACUCUGGAGGUCGUUACCCGUAUCCAUAACAAAAAGGUUGCCGGGACAGGGUCUCAGACUACGCAACGUCGCUUGACUGGCUUUUCGAGAAAAGAAGAAGAGCACGUCAAAAAAGGCACAUUUCAGCUAAUUUAAAGACACUCUUGUGGUUUUAUUAUUAAAAAAAAAAAAAACAGUGACUCCUUUCCUAUGUCGCUAUAAAAAAGCGACAUGAUCUGAAAUACACAAUCCUGCUCUCCUGCUUGUAGCUAAAAAUAGUAUUUUCAUUUCCGUCCCGGGAUAAAAGAAUGAUAAUACAUUUGAAAUUGCAAUCAGACAAGAGUUGCUGUCUUUUUUAUAUUAUUAAUUUGUGCGCUGGGCGGCAUUUUGAUUCGUCAUAUUAACUCGCCUGCCGACAGUUUGUUUGGAGAGUAAAUUAGAUCUGGAAUAAAAAGGCAGUCCCGUUAUUACUUUGCACUUGAGAAGUGCCAGAAGCAGCAAAUUGUGCCAAAGAGCCACCGAGCCUAGACAAACAAGUGCAAAACACAACCGAAAAUCUUACGGAACACGCUUCAUAGAGGCACAUUGUAACAUUUGACAAGUCUGAAUGAGCCCCCGAAUAUCUCCGGAAUAUCUCCAAAUCCUUAAUACCUGAAGAAUUCUUUAGAUUGGAGAUGGGCUUGUUAAGAACAUUAAGAAACUUGUUUUACGGGGUAGUUUUAUGUACAACACUUUUUGUGGGAAUUCCGGGUAAUGUCCUCGUGAUAGCUGCCGUUCGCAGAAAACGCCUUCUAAGAAGCACUACAAAUUACCUUCUUGCAAACGUCGCCGCGGCAGACCUGGCCACCAUCGUCUUCGCCAUCAUAUGUGGAAUACCUUACUUGUUCACACUUGACAACUUCCCAGACAUUUUUUGCAAAAUUUUCUACAUUGGUAAUUUACCCGUGACUACAACGAGUGCAUCCACGCUGACUCUUGCCAUCUUAGCUAUCGAGCGCUACCAAGCAGUUAUUCACCCGUUGCAAGACAGUUAUAAACUACGAGAAGACACCGUCAAGUAUGCGAUUGUUGCGAGCUGGAUUAUUUCUUUGGGGGUGACGCUUCCUUUGUACGUCUUCAGUGUUUUCGAAAAUGGUGAAUGUAGUCACAAAUAUGUAAACUACAAAACCUAUAUCAUCAUAGCUUUUUCUCUUGUUAUAUUCAUUCCUUGCUUAGUUAUGCUAUUUUGCUAUGGUUGUAUAGUAAAAGAGCUCUACUUUAAAAACUCUGUGGCCCCACAGAACAUUUCGGCGGCAGAAGAAGCUGCGAUGCGACAAAAACUCUUCAAAAGAUCAGCAUGCGUUACUGUCGUGUUUGUCUCGUGUUUUUUGCCAGUGGCAAUCAUACAUACACUGCGACUAUACAUUGGCGUGAAAACAGAUAUUCGUAAUAUCGCAUUUGCAAUAUAUUUUCUGGAUGCCGCAAUUAACCCUCUUAUUUAUUCCUGUCAGAGCUCGAACUUUCGGCAAGCGUUUAUAGAGAUAAUCAAAGACUAUUGCAAUAAGGCUAGAAAAAGAGUUAUCAAGAAAAAUAGAGAUGUGACGCACGGAGACACUGAGAGUUGAGACCUCAAUGUCAUUCGAAAUCAAAUAAUAAAUUAAGUGAGCUAUAAGAAGGUAGCUCAUAGAAAUUCCCGGA